CCGCUCACGAGGGCGCACACACCCCUCCUCCUUCCCCUGUUCACUCCUGCAUCCAAUUUCCACGCUCUCCCAUCUCUCUCUCUCUCUCUCUCCAUCUCGGCCAUCCCCGCAUCGCGUCGAGCUCGCCGCGGGGGGGGCGCGCGCCACCUCCCUCCGCCCGCCCGCACGCUCGCCUGCCAGGUAAACCCCUCCCCGCGCACACGAGCUCGUCCCGCGGGGCUGAUCCGCGGCCUAGGGUUUCGCGCCCUCGCUGCCAGAUCGAGGGGGAGAAUUCCGAGCUCAACGCGCGCUGAACUCCGUCCGCUUCGAUCCCUGCAGAUUCCUGGGGAGGGGAGGGGUGGGGUGCUCUUGGUACGGUACGAGCGAUGAGCUCGAGCCACGUGGCUGUCGCGGCCCCGGAUCCGGGGGGUGACGGGGGACUCGGCGAGCCGAAGCAGGAGGCGCGUCCCGUGGUGGUGGUUGCUGCUGCUGCUGCUGUUGCCGCCCCUGCCGCGGGCGACGCGGAGGUGGGCUUGGGUGGCAGCGGCUCGGCGCCCGCAGAGGAGGACGCUGAUGUGACGAUGACGGAGGCCGUGGAGGAGGUUGGGGUCGCUGCUGAGGCGGAGGCGGAAGCGGAGGCGGAGGCGGAAGCGGAAGCGGAAGCGGAGGCUGCUGUGGCGGGUGAUGCGGCUAGUGAUCCGAUGUAUGCAACGGAGUCAGCUGCUAUGGUUGUGGAUGAACCCGUUGAUGGUGCACGAGCGCAAGAUGGAGACAGUGGCAAGGAGAAUUUGGAAACGGAGGCUAGGGUUUUGCAGAAUGAGACUGCAACGAAGCCUGUUCCGGCAGGAGACGAUGCCAUUGCUUCUGAAGCAGCGGAAGCACCUUGUUCUGACGCUCCUGAACAUGCUGGAGCUGGAGCCGAAUCCAAUAAAGUCGAAGAAAAUCAUUCCAAUAGAGGAAAAGAUAAUGGCGUGGCACACACUGACGAGGAAAUGCAGAAUAAUGUGAUUGCUGAUGUUGAGGGGAGCUCCAAGAUCCAAGAAGAUAAUGGAGCUCCCACCCUAGAGCAGCAUGAUGAUGGAUCUGAAAUGCCCUUGCCUUCUAGUGUGGCGAAUUUUGCACUUUGUGCGAGAUACAGCCUUCCUCCUCUGGAUAAAGGCGACUUUCGAGUUUCUGACCUUGUUUGGGGUAAAGUAAAAAGCCAUCCUUGGUGGCCUGGUGAGAUCUUUGACCCUUCAGAUGCGUCUGAGUUGGCUUUGAAGCACCAGAAGAAGGGCAGCCAUUUGAUAGCAUAUUUUGGUGACAAUACUUUUGCAUGGUGCGAUGAAUCCCAAUUGAAGCCUUUCGUAGCAAACUAUUCGCAAAUGGAGAAACAGAGCAGUUCAGAUGCCUUUGUUAGUUCAGUUAAUUAUGCCCUUGAAGAACUCUCGAGGCGGAUAUUGUCUGGAAUGAGCUGUUCUUGUUUACCAGAAGAGCUAUCUGACAAUGGAAUGUCUUAUAUGGUUGAGAAUGCUGGGCUCAAGGAUGGAGUUACUUGCUCUGCAGUUAACCGGUCUGAGAUCUUAUCAUGUUUCAGUUCAGAAAAUCUUCUUAAUUAUGUUAAGUCUUUGGCUCUGUUCCCUGGUCAAGGGGGUGACUUACUGGAAUUAGUGAUAGCUUGUUCUCAACUUACAUCUUUUUAUAGAUCUAAGGGAUGCCCUGAACUUGCAUCAUUCCAAACUGGCAACGCAUGGGUUGAGAAUGGCAUGGACAGUUCUCCCAUUAAGGAUGUAGUGAUUGAUGAAGUUGUCACUAAUGAAGAGCGUCCUGCUCAUGAUAAGCCCAAAAGAGGCAGGGGGCGACCUCGUAAACAGAAGCCUGAGGAUAGUGUAGAGCUGACAGAGAAAAAGACAACAUCCAAUUUCUCUACUGAUAAUGCUUUUGAUCAUCCUGCAGAAAGGCAGAUGGAUAUGGACUUUGAUGAUUUUGAUGGCAUACAGAGCAAGAAAAAAAGAAGCCUUGACUCGUUUGAAGAUCCUGAGACCAAGACGACGACUCCAACUUUUGGUAGUUCUUUCAAAAUUGGGGAAUGCAUUCGGCGAGCUGCAAGCCAGCUGACAGGAUCCUCAUCUAUUGUAAAGUCCCAGAAUGAACCAAUGCCUCUUAAGAAUAUUACUGAAACAGAAAACGGAGAUUUUGAUGUCUCUAGUGACGAUGCUAUCAAUGAACUUAGUGUGGAGAAGCGUGCCAAAAGGAGACGGAUGCAUAGGCACCACAACGCAGAUCCCAAGGAAUUAUUGUCGCAGCUGUGCUCGGUAGCUGCGGAGCCAAUGAAUGGAUAUAGUUUCUCAGCAAUGAUAAUUAAUUACUUCAGUGACUACAGGAAUUAUGUUGUUUCUACUACUACUGAAGCAAAUAUCGUUGAGAAAACUACCGCAAAAAGGGGGAGAAAGCGAAAGGUUUUACCUUCUCCUGAGGUGGAGACAACUGAUCACAUGCAGGAUUCCUACUGGUCUGGCUUGAGUUUGCAUAAUCAUCCAAUUAAUGACCUCAGAAGGGCUAGUACUAGCACAAGGCCAAGGCGCAGGAGGAGAUCAUCACGGGAAACAUAUUUCCAUGCACAGCAAAAUCUACAUCAUGGACUUUUGAGUCCUAAGAAACAGAUACAGGUGGUAGAAAGAUCAAUUAUCCAUGUUGAUGAAAAGAUUGUUGAUGAGGUCAAGCCCACUGCACUUGUUUUGAGCUUUGGUAGGUCAACUGCACUUCCUUCUGAAAGUGAUCUGAUUAAGAUGUUUGGUCGCUAUGGGCCACUGAAAGAAUCUGAGACUGAAGUUCACACCAGCUCAAAUACUGUUAAAGUCGUCUUCAAGAAACGUGCUGAUGCUGAAAGGGCUUUCAGUUUUGCUGGCAAGUUUAGCACAUUUGGUCCUUCACUCCGCAGUUAUCGUCUUGUGAAUAUGCCAUUUUUUCUCAAGUCACAACCCAAUAAUCCAGAGGCAAACCCUGAGUACUAUGGCCUGGAGAUUCCAGGUCCAAGUGAGUCCAAAGUUCCACUGGAUGCUGCACAAGCUGAUCAAGUUGACAAAACUGAUGACAAAAUAGAAGAUAAAUCUACCACCGAAGUACUGGCUGGGGAGAAGGGAAAUGGUAUAAGUACAUCUGGAGCAUUAGAUGAGAAAACAGAAAACGCUACUACUGAAGCAGUAGCUGCUGAGACAACUGGAGCUGAAAUUACAGCUGAAGUUCACGUUGAGGAAACUACAAUGACUGAGAAAAUUGUAGAGGAUAAAGAACUAGCUGAGGAGACAAUGACUGAGAAAAUUGUAGAGGAUAAAGAACUAACUGAGGAGACAACGGAAGGUGAAAGUAAAGCUGAAGUACAAGUUGAGGAAACUACAGCACCUGAGAAGUCUGAGGAUAAAGCAGUACUUGAGGAGACAACAAAAGGUGAAGCUACAGCCCAAGUACUCGAGGAAAGUAUAACCACUGAGAAAACUGUAGAGGAUAAUACCAUAGUUGAGGGGACAACAGAAUGCGAAACUACAGCUGAAGUACACAUGGAGGAAGCUGCAGCAAUUGAUAAAUCUGUAGAGGAAGUACACGUUGAGGAAACUAUAACAACAGAGAAAACUGUGGGGACCGAAGCACUAGCUGAGACAACAAAAGGUGAAAUUACACCUGAAGUACAUGUUGAGGAACCUACAACAACCAAGAAAACUGUAGAGGAUACAACAGUCGAGGCACCACAUGAGAAAACUAAAACUGCCAAUGAUCCUGUAGAAGAUGCCACCGUUGAAGAGCCAGAUAAGAAAAGUACAACCAAUGAUCCUGUAGAGGAUGUGACCGUUGAAGAACCAGAUAAGAAAACUGGAGCCGAUGAUCCUGCAGAUGAUGCCACCGUUGAAGAGCCAGAUAAGAAAAGUACAACCAAUGAUCCUGUAGAGGAUGUGACCGUUGAAGAACCAGAUAAGAAAACUGGAGCCGAUGAUCCUGCAGAUGAUGCCACCGUUGAAGAGCCAGAUAAGAAAAGUACAACCAAUGAUCCUGUAGAGGAUGUGACCGUUGAAGAACCAGAUAAGAAAACUGGAGCCGAUGAUCCUGCAGAUGAUGCCACCGUUGAAGAGCCAGAUAAGGAAACUAUGGCAGCUGGAAUAACCGAAGAGGGUGCCACGGUCGAAGCACCAGAUGAGAAUACCAUGACAACGGAGGGUGCCACAGUUGAAGCACCAGAUGAGAAUACCAUGACAAUGGAGGGUGACACGGUCGAAGCACCAGAUGAGAAUACCAUAACAAUGGAGGGUGCACCAGAUGAGAAUACCAUGACAACGGAAGGUGCCACGGUCGAAGCACCAGACGAGAAUAUCAUGACAACGGAGGAUGCCGCAGUCGAAUCGCUAGACGAGAAUACCAUGACAAUGGAGGGUGCCAUGGUCAAAGCGCAAGACGAGAAUACCAUGACAAUGGAGGGUGCCACGGUCGAAGCGCCAAACGAGAAUACCAUGACAACUAAGGGUGCCACGGUCGAAGCACUAGACGAGAAUACCAUGACAACUGAAGAAGCUGUACAGAAUCCCAUGGUUGAAGAAGGUGGUACUAAAACUGCCGCUGCUGAGGAAACUGUAGAUUGUGCUACUGCUGUUGAGGCUCCGGCUGGACAAGCAAGUGCAACUGAGCUGACCGGCUAAGCCUAAGCCCGAUUCUUGUAGGUUUUUGAUGAUAUUGCGGCUGACGGCUCAACUGAUUCACCAAUCUGGAUUGUCGUGUGGAAUCAACUCUAGCAACAUAGUGAUAUUAGUUUCUAGUAACUACGGCGUAUUUGCUGCCUUUCAUAUAAACCUUGCAUGUAGUUGUCUUGGGAGCAGCAGUGUGUCACGGAUAGGGUUUCUUCAGAAACGGUGGUGCAGCAGUCAGUGGACCAGCUGCUGGGUUAGCAUCCCGAAUUAAGCCAUGUUCUUUCCUACUACUACAUUUUAGGCCUUUUGGGCCAAUCUACUGGGGACUCAUGAUUCUUGUAUCGACCUUCAUUUUGUAAACUGGCUGUGUUCUGUAGCUCAUUUCUCCUUUAUUCCAUCAUAG